AUGAUUAUUGGCCGCGUUAUUGGCGUACUUCUACCAUUCGCACUCGCAAUCGCGGCUGCCAUCUUCACCCUCGUGCCUGCACUCGCAGGCAUCACUGACAAAUCUCUCUACCUCAUCCAGCUGGACUUCGAGAAUCUAAGUAUCAGUCCUGCCAGCGAACUUGUCGACAAGAUCUUGCCACGUGCCGAGACGGUCGAAAAGAAUAUCACUGCCGAACUCCUUGGGCUGGACAAGACCUACGAUAUUACGCUCUGGGGAUACUGUCAUACUGAUAAAGAUGAUAAGCGAGAGUGCUCAAGUCCCAAGUUUGAUUGGGUCAGAAAGACUAUAUUGACAAACCAAAUCAAGAGUGUUGAUAAGGAUAUCGAGGUCAAACUGCCGAAAGAGAUCCAGGCUGCUGUCCAAACCUUUGGAUCAAUGACGAAAGGAGCUGAAGUUGCCUUCAUUGUGGCUUUGAUAGAGCUCGCCAUCGAGAUUGCUCUUGGUAUUUUCGCUGUUUGCUCUCGCGAAUUGACCUGCUGGACAUGGAUGGCAAGUGGUCUCGCUUCCGCAUUUGUCCUCGCCUCAGCCAUCCUCUCAACCAUCAUGGCCUCCGUCUCGAUUGGCGCCGUGGAAACCACUGCGAAGAUCUAUGGUGUCAAGGGACACAUCAACCUCGUUUUCCUCGCCAUCAUUUGGAUUGGUGCUGCACUUGCUGUCGCUGCGAAUCUCCUCUGGAUAAUACCAACUCUCUGCUGCAGCACCACCACCAGUCGAAAGGACCCAGAAGGCAAAGGAUUACUUGAGCGUAAUCAUCACUCUGGAGCUUAUGCCCCUAUUGAUGAUGAUCACGAGAUGCAGCCUACAUAUCACAAUCGCGGUCUGGCACCAUCUCCUCCCACAGACCAUGCCUAA